UGUAGUUUUCUUGAACUAAAACCGAAUCAGGCAAAACAUGAGUUGUUUGAGUGGCCUGUUCAGCAAGGAAUCUAAAGUUCUAGGUGGAAGUAACCUCAGAAAACUGAAGAACAAGAAGCUAACCAGCACAGAGUUCAUGCAGGUUUGGUUUCACUAUGAUAACGACGGAAACGGUUACCUGGAGUACACGGAGUUCUGUCAGUUUAUGAAGGACCUGUUUUUAAAGAAGGACUGCGCCAAAAUCACCCCUAAGGAGGUAGAGAAGUACACAGCUGACAUGAUAAACGUCAUGGAUACCCACGAUGUGAACCAGGAUGGAAAGUUCGAGAUGAGCGAGCUGGCAGAUUAUCUGAAACUGGAGGAGAACUUCCUGGACAAGAUUAUCAAGCAGAAGAUUAUAACCAGCAAACAUGUCAAGGAUAUUCUAUCUCAUUAUGAUUCCAACGAGUCAGACACUAUCGAGGGACCUGAAAUGCACGCUUUCGUUGGAGAUAUAGCGCGACAUCUGGGUCUAAAGCUGAGCCUUUCUGUUAUCCAGUCCGGGAUUGACCGGGUUAAAGAGAAAGUAGGUACGGACACAGUUGGCACUACAGCUAUUAAGAUACUGCUAGCUGAGGAGAGUGUAAAGGAGCUCCAGAAGAGUUUCACUGGCUAAAGAGGGGAGAUUAAAAUAGCAAAUCGUGUGCUAUAGUAACUUAUUACUUAUACAAUGUUCAAUUUUUCAGCAAUUAACUCUUGGUGA